AUGUCAGCUCACGGCGAAGCUCGACCCAAACGAAGAUCAAGUCCGGUUUCGGCCCUAGAGAGACCGAAAAAACAGCUCAAGCAAGAGAAUGGGGUACCUACACCGGGGGACGCCACUCCGCAGAACGGUUCGGUCUAUGAUAUCGAGGCUAACUCGAACUCCCUGCCCAUAAUCAAUACCGUUUCCGCGGCGGGCGACUCUCCCGAGUGGCAGGCUACAAUAGAGAAAGUGAUCAAGAGUGUGGUAUCAAUACACUUCUGCCAGACAUGCUCCUUUGACACCGACCUUUCCACCUCAAGUCAAGCAACGGGGUUCGUGGUGGACGCAGAGAAGGGCUACAUCUUGACAAAUCGCCAUGUGGUUUGUGCGGGACCUUUCUGGGGGUAUUGUGUGUUUGACAAUCAUGAAGAAUGCGACGUGCGACCUGUCUAUCGUGAUCCUGUCCACGACUUCGGUAUCCUCCAAUUUGACCCCAAGGCUAUCAAAUAUAUGCAAGUCCAGGCGCUGAAACUGCAGCCCGAUUCCGCGCGAGUGGGGGUCGAGGUCAGGGUUGUGGGCAACGACGCCGGAGAGAAGCUGAGCAUCUUGUCGGGCGUCAUCAGUCGAUUAGAUCGCAACGCUCCCGAAUACGGAGAGGGCUACAGUGACUUCAACACCAAUUAUAUCCAAGCUGCAGCAGCAGCUACUGGUGGAAGUUCUGGCAGUCCCGUAGUCAACCUCGGUGGCAAUGCGGUAGCUCUGCAGGCAGGCGGCCGCGCAGACGGUGCUGCCACCGACUACUUCUUACCGCUUGAUCGGCCGUUACGAGCCCUUCAAUGUCUCCAACAAGGGAAGCCCAUCACGCGAGGGACGAUCCAAACGCAAUGGAUGCUGAAGCCAUUUGACGACUGUAGGAGACUGGGGUUGACGCCGGAUUGGGAAUCGGCGGUGCGCAAACACUUCCCAAAGGAGAACAGUAUGCUCGUGGCAGAAAUCGUCCUGCCCGAAGGUCCAGCCGACAACAAGAUCCAAGAAGGGGAUGUCUUGAUCAAGGUCAACGGGGAGCUACUGACGUCUUUCGUCAAGCUCGAUGCCAUCCUCGACUCGUCUGUGGGAGGCAAGGUGGAUCUCUUGUUCCAACGAGGCGGAGAGGACCACGAGGUCACACUGGAUGUGUCUGAUUUGCAUGCAAUCACCCCCGAUCGAUUUGUCACGGUGGCUGGUGGUAGUUUCCACAACCUGUCCUAUCAACAAGCACGAUUAUAUGCCAUUGCUUGUAAAGGAUUGUAUGUGUGCGAGGCAGCAGGCUCGUUCAAGAUGGACAAUGCUCUAUCGGGAUGGAUCAUCGACACGGUCGACCAGAAGCCCACUCCGGAUCUUGAUACAUUCAUUCAAGUCAUGAAAACCAUUCCUGACCGGUCUCGCAUCGUCAUCUCAUACCGACAUAUCCGAGACCUUCAUACUCGGGCCACGAGCAUCGUACACAUUGACCGACAUUGGCACCCCAGAAUGAGGCUGGCUGUCCGCAACGACCAGACUGGCCUCUGGGACUUCAAAGACCUCGCCAAGCCACUCCCAGCCGUCCCACCCGAACCCAAGUCGGCCGACUUCAUUCAGCUUGACGGCAUUAAUCUGCCUGCCGCGGCCGAUAUCGUGCGCUCAUUUGUCAAGGUUUCAUGUUACAUGCCGGUCAAGAUUGACGGCUACCCCCAAGCCCGGCGGACCGGAUUCGGACUCGUGAUCGACGCCGAGAAAGGUCUGGUGGUGGUCUCUCGAGCAAUCGUGCCGUACGACCUCUGUGAUAUCACCGUCACCGUGGCCGACUCGAUCCAGAUUGAGGGUAACGUAGUUUUCCUUCAUCCCCUGACCAACUAUACGGUCAUACAGUAUGACCCGAAGUUGGUGGAUGCGCCUGUGCAGUCGGCCAAUUUAUCGACGGAAAUGAUCAAGCAAGGCGCGGAUACGAUUUUCGUCGGAUUCAAUCAGAAUCACCGGGUGGUGGUUGCGAAGACCACCGUGACCGACAUCACGGCGGUGGGGAUCCCUGCGAACGCGGCUGCCCCCCGGUAUCGUGCUGUCAACCUCGAUGCGAUCACUGUGGAUACCGGUCUAUCGUCGCAGUGCUCGUCCGGCGUUCUGAUCGGUGCGGACGGAGUUGUUCAAGCCUUGUGGCUCACAUAUAUGGGUGAGCGCAGUCAAGGUAGCCACCGCGACACCGAGUACCAUCUUGGUCUGGCGACCAGCAUGAUCAACCCCGUGCUCGACCAGAUCAAGGCCGGCGUCAUCCCGAACCUACGGAUUUUGAAUAUGGAGUCGUACGUGGUGCAGAUGGCGCAAUGUCGGAUCAUGGGUGUUUCGGAAGAAUGGAUCAAAAAGGUUGCCAAAGCCAAUCCCGCACGCCAUCAGCUGUUCAUCGUUCGGAAGGUGGACUGUGGUCCAGCCAACGGACCGAGCGACGGCCAGUUGCUCCAGGAAGGAGACAUCAUCCUCACGCUCAACGGCCAGCUCAUCACGCGGGUGUCGGACUUCGAUAUCAUGUAUGACCAGGAAUGGCUUGAUGCCUUGGUCGUGCGGAAGGGCAAAGAAGUCCAUCUCCGGGUGCCCACCGUCCCGACGGAAGAUCUGGAAACUUCUCGCGCCGUUAUCUUCUGUGGCGCCGUGCUACAGAGACCUCACCACGCGGUGCGGCAGCAGAUCAGCAAGCUUCACUCGGAAAUCUAUGUCAGCGCCCGAAGCCGAGGGUCACCAGCAUAUCAAUAUGGACUGGCUCCAACCAACUUUAUUACGCAUGUCAAUGGGGUGAAGACACCGGACCUAGACUCCUUUGUGAAGGAGGUCAGCAAGAUCGAAGACAACACCUAUUUCCGGUUGCGGGCCAUGACAUUCGACAACGUGCCGUGGGUGGUGACCAUGAAGAAGAACGAACACUACUUCCCCAUGUCUGAGUACGUGAAAGAUGGAAAAACGCCGACAGGAUGGCGAGUAAUCUCCUACAAUGCGAAAGGAAACAAAUCGGGCGGCAAAAAUGACGGUGCACCGAUAACGGCUGAAGGUAUGGAUGAAGAGGUGGGCGGAAGUGAUGGGGAUGGGGAUGAGGUCCCGGACACAUGCUUGUGA